UCUAAAUCAGUGGGCAGUCAGAGCUCCACAGAAAUUCAAUCGAGACAUUCUGAAUUUUGACGAUUUGUGUUUUCGAAAGUUGUAAAAGCUACUCAUGGCGGUUAAAACGAUCUUCCUUUCACUUAUAGUUGCGCAUACAUGCACUGGCGCGUUUAACGAUAGUUCUGAACACAGUGUUCCAGCAACUGAUGUACCAACUCACUACAUUUAUCCUCCAGAUCAAGACCAGCCCAACCAUUCCUUGCCUAAUGAAAAUCCCAAACCAGUUGGACGCAGUUUCCCUAUUAGACAUUUCUAUAUUACCCAGACUGAUGAGCCAAUAGACUACAGUGACUAUCAAGAUCAGGAGUUGCUUGACUCUGCCUUAAUUCCAAAUAAGGCCCGUGAAGUGCUAGUGCAGAGAUUUAAGAUGAAUCACUCCGAUGACUAUCAUGUUACAUAUCUGUGUAACAGAACUGAAAUGGGCGCAGUGGAAUGCAACCAGACUAUACCAUCCUUGGAGAUAUUUACUAUCUCAAAUGAGGCUGUGCUUUUCCUUGAAGGUCUGCUGGUCACACGUGUCAUGCCCUCUUUCUACAUCUUCCUCCUCCUCAUUAGUAUACCCCUAAACACAUUGGCCUUGGUGACAUUCACCUGUAGGAUUCAAGCAAAGAAACCAGCUGUGUUUUACAUGUCUCAUCUGGCAUGUGUGGACCUGCUCUUCACCUUGCUACUGCCUCUGAAGAUCCACUACCACCUGAAUGGUUCAGAUUGGGUGUUUGGCGAGGUGGCGUGUCGUGUACUCAGUGCGGCUUACUACUGCUACAUGUACUGCUCUAUACUGCUGAUGAUGUGCAUGAGUGUGGACAGACUGGUGGCCGUAGUGGUCCCUGUCGCCUCUCUAUCCUGGCGGAGAGCGAGGAAUGCUAAAUGCGUAUGUGUGCUAAUCUGGCUGCUGGCACUCGCCGGCACGGUGCCACUUCUCUCCAUAAGACAAACAUUUAAGAUCAAGAAUGUGGGUGUCACCUGCCAUGACGCACUUCUGCACGAUGACCCUGCAGAGCAGCGGUACAUUUACCUGUUCUUCAUCCUUUCCUGCCUCUUCUUCUUCUUGCCACUGGUCAUCACCUUGGUUAGCUACUCUACCAUCAUAUAUGUGCUCAGAGCCCAGUCUACCCAAUUACCAAUGUCAUCCUCAAACAAACGAAGGAGAGCUGUGAUUAUGGCUAUCGCUGUGGUGACAGUGUUUGUAGCAUGCUUUGCACCAACCAAUGGCAUCCUGUUGUACCACUGCGUUCAUCUGGCCACUGGAGGUCACAAUGGGGCGGCAGAUUCAUCGUAUGCAGCUUACAUGUUGGCUGUGUGUGUUGGGAGUUCAAGUGUUUUCCUGGACCCUCUGCUGUACUACUAUGGCUCGUCUCAGUGCAGACAGCAGAUCAGCUCUGUGUUUUGGUGGCGAAAAGCAACCACACUAUCAAACACAUGCUCUCAGUCCAAAUCAACUCACCUGAGCUGUGAGUACAGUCAGGCUCACAUUAAGGUGUGAAUUGUUCAGAAAAAGAGCUCAUCAAAUAAUUGUAUAAAUGAUAAGCAAGCACAAAUGAGUGUGGUGUUCAGUGUUCAGUUGAUUUCAUCUGUGUGUGUAUGUAUGUGUGUAUGUGUGAAAAGAGCCGGAUAGUGACUUUUGUAAUUCUGAAGGCAAAAAGUUAGAUUAAGCUGUUAUAUUAUGUAUUAUAUGCAUAUAGAUGCAUUAUAGUUUGUGCGUGUAGUCUAGCUUUAAGCUUAAUAAGUUCACUCCACUGUAAUUGGCAGUCUUAACCAACAGAUGGAAUUGACUUGUAUGUAUUCAGUGUUUUUCUAUGUAGGAAACACAUAUUCCUAUAUUAUUGUAUUUUAUAAUGUACAUAUCUUUGUAUACAAUGUGUCAUUGAAUUUAUAUCUUAAAAACAGAGAUGUCUUGUAAAGGUUUUCUAGUAAUGGAUUUCUGUUGCAAUAUUUUGGUAUGCUACAUUGCUAAUUUAGCUUCCUCAUUCCAUAUAUUAAUUUAUAGAUGAGUUAUUUUUAUGUGCCACUAAGCUGCAGUAUUUCAAACACUGGAAAUUGUGCAAUGUAUUGUGUGGGACGCAUACUGUAUUAAACUGGACAUAUUCUACUUUA